CCAAGCAACAGAAUACAUUGUGUCACUGCGUAAUAGAGAAUUAUAUAGGAAGGCGGAAAAAACUGACAUAUGGAGAAAUGCAAAAGUGGGCCAACAUCAUCUGCGAUGUAUUCCCCAAAGAGAAUCCGGAAACAUAUUUUCUAGCAAGAAAAUAUGGUAAGAAAAAUCCUACGGGAAAGCUAUUUUCACGUUGGACGAAUGCUGACAAAACCAAUUAUAAAAAGCUUUCAACCGAUCGUACAACUACCGCUUCGCCAGCAGCUUUAUCCAGCGAUAAGUAUUACGAAAAGAAGUGCUGGCUGCAGAAUAAUUGCACACCAUGGGAACAGGUUAUUGAUUACUGGAAGGAGACAUCUGGUCAAAGAAUUGUAGAUAUCCAUAACGCCAGUUCUUUAAGCUGCAUUUUUAGUGAAUGGCCGCGCUAUAAGGACUUUCGUGGAUAUGAACUUGUAGAAAUAGACUUUGCGACUCUUUACCCCGGGAAAGGAAAUAUGUUAUUUUUGAAAUUGGAGAAGUUUUAUAAAGAAAUCCUCAAAAUUUUUGAUAGAGAUAUAAAAGACCGUGUUUCAAGGGAACUAUUCUUAAAGUAUUUGCACAUUGACAACAUCUCAAAUGAAUGUAAAUAUUGUAUAAGUACAAUUCUUCUACAUGCUUUGCUACAGCCUUUGAGGCUUAAUAAGGACAAAAAACCAACAAUAGCUGAUGCCCAAACAGAUUUCGUAACACUCGUUGCAACACGUAAUGAUAUUCAACCCACAAUAAUUGAAUUGAAGAACCAGUUUGCGGUAAGAAAGGAGAAACUACAGCCGAGAAUUAUCGUCGUUGGAUCAGAUUGGUCAUCCAUUUCAGAGUUUUAUGUUUUUUGCGAUGGUCUGCAAUGGAAAUGUACUACGUAUAUGAAGUGCGUUGACUGCAUUAUUAAACUAUCGUACGUUUAUAAGAUAGAGUAUUCACAAAGAAGCAAGCAAGUAUGGGCAUUUUUAGAACAAUAUUUUUUUGAGUUGAAAUCCGAAGAAUUUUCUUCAGUGGCAAAUCUUUUGAGUAAAUUAAACUAAUUUCGUCUAAUUUUGCUAUAAUGCCCAAUUUUGCUUGUUUCAUUUGUCAAAAAGCUCACUUAAAUCCUAUAGAGCUGAUUAAA